AUGGUGCUGAUGCCACCCACACGCCUGCAUCCCGAGAAAGUUGAAACUCCCCAGGCCCCCUUCUCCCCUCCCUCAACCCCCCGCAGCUACUGUGGGCCCAGCUCAGCUUGGCAGUUGGUGCCCGAGUCCCUGCCCGGGGGCAACCUGACGGCCGUGACGGAAUUCGUCCUCCUGGGCUUCUCUGUGCGGCCUGGGCUGCGGAUCCCUCUGUUCCUGCUGCUCCUGGCCAUCUACCUGGCCACGCUGACCGGAAACUCGCUCAUCAUCCUGGUCACCGCCGCCGACGCUGCCCUGCGGAGCCCCAUGUACUUCUUCCUACGCAACCUGUCCUUCCUGGAGAUCGGCUUCAACCUGGUCAUCGUCCCCAAGAUGCUGCAGACGCUGCUGGCCGAAGACGAGCCCAUCUCCUUCCGCGGCUGUGCCGCUCAGCUCUUCUUCUUCUUCUUUUUUGGGACCGCCGAGUGCUUCCUACUGGCGGCCAUGGCGCUGGACCGUUACGUGGCCAUCUGCGACCCCCUGCGCUACCCAGCCGUCAUGGCGCGGGAACCGUGCGCCCGGCUGGCGGCUGUCUCCUGGCUGGCCGGGCUCCCCGUGGCCACCGUGCAGACCUCGUGGAUCUUCAGCUUCCCGUUUUGUGGCCCCAACCGCGUGGACCACUUCUUCUGCGACAGCCCUCCCGUUCUGAAGCUCGCCUGUGCGGACACCUCCCUGUUUGAGCUGGAGGCCUACGUGGCCACCGUGCUGGUGGUCUUGGCUCCCUGCCUGCUGGUCCUGGGCUCCUACGCCCGCAUCGCCGCCACCGUCAUCCGGAUGUCCUCGACCAAAGGCAAGCGCAAGGCCUUCUCCACGUGUUCCUCUCACCUCCUCGUCGUCUCUCUCUAUUACGGUUCCGCCGGGGUCACCUAUUUCCGCAUCAAAGCCGGGACCAGCCCCGCAAGCCGGAAGCUGCUGUCCCUGUCCUACACGGUGGUGACCCCCAUGCUGAACCCCAUCAUCUACAGCCUGCGCAAUGUCCAGGUGAAGGCCGCGGUCCGCAGGACGCUCCUCCGGGCCUGA